AUGUACCGAAGUACUAGCGAGGGCCAGCGCAUGUGGGGCAGUCGGCCUAAGCAAGUACACUCCCGGCCCAAGUACCUAGGUACCAAACUACCGAACUCGCCUCUCAACAAUCCCGGCCAGCCAAAAACAUCCAAAUUUUUCUGCUCGGAGCUCCCCCCACCCAAACCUCAUCAGUCACUCUGUGGCAGCUUUUUCUGCAUAUUCAUUACCACCCCUCUUCUCUCUUCCUUCCCUCUUUCUCAACGCCAACCAUCAUUUUCAACGGUCCCGCAGUCGCUUCCUCUUACUUCAGCUACUAUGGCCGAACCAAUCCCAGGCAAACGACCUGACCAAAUGACGGCUCCUACGCCUCAGAACACUCCCGCGACAAACGCGCCCAUCUCCUCUCGAGCCCAGCAGCCUGGCGUAGCAAGCAUCAUGGAGGAUGACAUGGAACGCGCCGCCGCCGCAUCCAUCUUUGCCCAGAACCCCCAGCUCGUCCAGAUGAUUCAAGGCCGCCUCGGCUCUCUUAUCGGCCGUUCAUCUGGAUACAUCGAGUCUCUCCCACCUACAGUUCGCCGCAGAGUUUCAGGCCUCCGAGCUAUCCAGAAAGAUCACGCCAAGCUGGAGGCUGAAUUUCAAGAAGAGGUCCUUCAGCUCGAGAAGAAGUACUUUGCCAAAUUCACCCCGCUCUAUGAGAAGCGCUCCUCCAUCGUCAACGGCCAGAUUGAACCUACCGAGGACGAGAUCAAAGCUGGAGAGGAUGAAAACUUCGAGGUUCAGCCCAAGGCCACCGAGGCUGAUGAGGAGGGCAUCAAACUCGACAUUCCUGACAGCGUUGCCGGUAUUCCUGAGUUCUGGCUUUCCGCCAUGAAGAACCAGGUGACGUUUGCCGAGAUCAUUACAGACCGUGACGAGGCUGCUCUCAAGCACUUGACUGAUAUUCGAAUGGAAUAUUUGCAGGAGCCAGGAUUUAGACUGAUCUUCGAAUUUUCUACAAACGAAUUCUUCUCCAACAAGACUCUCACGAAGACCUACUUUUACCAAAACGAGAGCGGAUAUGGUGGCGAUUUUAUCUACGAUCAUGCUGAGGGCGAUAAGAUCGAGUGGCUCCCAAGCAAGGACCUCACUGUCCGCAUUGAAGCCAAGAAGCAGAGAAAUAAGAACACUAAGCAAACCCGGAUCGUUAAGAAGACGGUACCCACUGAGUCCUUCUUCAACUUCUUUUCUCCGCCCAAACCCCCGAGCGACGAGGAUGAUGAAGAGGACGAGGACGCCGCAACCGAAAUCGAGGAGCGCCUUGAACUGGACUAUCACCUUGGAGAAGAUAUCAAGGAGAAGCUUAUUCCUCGCGCCGUUGACUGGUUCACCGGCGAGGCUCUUCGCUAUGAAGAAAUCGAUGAUGGUGAAUUAGAGGAGCCGGACUUUGAUGAUGAAGAGGACGAGGACGAGGACGAGGACGAUCUCAGCGACGAUCAGGAUGAGGAGGAGGAGACGGACGAUGACGUAAGUGAAGAGAACGAGGCUCAUUCUCACCAUUUCACCGCUAACGUGUUCAAGGACGAAUCUGGAAAGCCCAAGCAAGAGGCCGCCGAGUGCAAGCAGAGCUAA